AUGUCUCCAUCACUCUUCGACCAGAAUCCGGCUACCUUAACUCCACCGGCGCCGCCCCUUCGACAACAUAUGGCCACCUUGGAGAUGUUGGCCCUCCAGUCACUGCCCAGUCCCCGCCAGUCACCUCUUUACAAGAUUGUGCAGGUGUACUUGAUCCCACAACCCUUUUCAAACGCAAAAAAUCCUCUUCCUUUCACGUAUUGCCGCAGCCGUUCCUUCUACUUCCAGUCUCAGGUCACCCUCUCUUUCUCUCGCUCUUGCUGGGUCUUGUUUUCUGUUAACAGAAGCCGAGGAUUAGAUAAAAUCGUUGGGAGUUGGGACCCUAAAAUUGAGAAGAAACCAAAAGAAAAGGUGAUAAAUAUGAUAAAAAGGAGGUUUUAUAGGAUGGAACAUGGUAACAGGGAUGACCCUUCUGGAUCAUCUUCUUCUGAUGAUGACUCUGAAGUUGGAGGAGAUUCCACAGACGAAACAGAUAUUGAAGAAGAUGAUGAUUAUGAGGUAGAAGAAGAAAAAGAUGAAGAAGGAAAUGCUGGGUCAGAUGAUAGAGAAAAGGGACAAGCUUCAUCCUCUUCUGGUUAUGAGAGCGAGGAUAGCUCAGGCAAUGAAGUUAAUCUUGACUCAUCAGGUUUACCUACGAGUGACGAUGAUGUGGCAGCUCAAGACAGCAGGAAAAAUGGUGGGGUGGACAAUUUACUUGCCAUGGCAGAGCAGAGUCCUAACGAGGCCCUUAUUGAUACUCCAGACUGUGUUUUAAAGUGUAAAUCAGUUUUCAAGUGCAAACUAUGCCCUAGGAUUGUCUGUCUGUCUGAGGAAACCUUAAAGGCUCAUCUGAACUCCAAGGCAAGUAAAAACAUUUCCUUUAGACAUGCCCGUUCUGAAAAGCUACGUAAAGAGGGAAGACUUAAGCUUAUGCUCAACGAUGAUGGGGAAAUUGAAGCCGAGACCCAUUCAGAUGAUCAUAUUACUACAGCUGUCUCUGGAGAUGGACAGGAGUCGGCCAAGCCAAAGAAAAAGAGAAAAGGACCAUGGAAAAAUUGGAAAAGAUCAGGACAGGAAACAAAGUUAGGGAAACAAAGACCAUCGGAAGAUAAGCGGAAGAAGAAAGGGAAGAAUGAAUGAAUGCUAGCUGAACAAAAGAACAAUGUCUCCUUGAUUUUUUCCAUAAAGAGGAUUGAGGCUUGAAUCCUACAAAACAUUAGACUGACCUCUUUGCUUUGCUUUUAGAUUUUUGUUCCUAUGUUGUCUAAAUGCUCGGGAUUCUUGAAAAUUUACAGUGGUAAUUUGGAAUGUUUGACUUGCAAGUGGAUAAAACAGUUCAGCGUAGAUUGUAAGCUAAUGUGUAUUCCAAUAGAGAUCAUUAAAAGAUGGCAAUGCCAAUUAUGCAAAGCAACUCCGGAUUUACCGUCUAGCACAAGAUUGAUAACUCAAG